ACUUUCUCAGUGUAAAAGUAAUAGCUAUGAAUAUCCCUAGUGCAGUAGCCUAUGGGGUCUGUCCGGAGGACAAUUCGAAUUUCAUGAACAUUCUUGUUCGAUACUUUUUCUUUGUCAAUCGCUAGGGGACUCUAGUGCAGGCCUGCUCUAGUGUUUGAGUUUUGAAGGGUGUGUGACUGUGAUUACUCGUCCGCGCCACUGUGUGCCGCUCAGGAUGUUGCAGCAGCAGCCUCUCACUGGCAACGGGCCCUCUAACGGCCGGGGCCUUGGCCUGAGCACUCACCCCGGUAUGCACCCUCUAAACUCGGUUCAUCCAUCUUCCCACCACCGCUCCGACGGAGACACGGGCCACGAAGGCGCAGAAAAUGGACAUGAAAGCCGCAGAGACAUUGGUGACAUAUUGCAACAAAUCAUGACCAUCACCGACCAAAGUUUGGAUGAAGCACAAGCAAAAAAACACGCAUUGAAUUGCCAUAGAAUGAAACCAGCUUUGUUCAGCGUCUUAUGCGAGAUCAAAGAGAAAACAGGCCUAUCAAUGCGAAAUGCACAAGAGGAAGAUUCACAGGACCCACAGCUGGUGCGAUUGGACAACAUGCUGCUGGCAGAGGGUGUGGCCGGGCCGGAGAAAGGUGGCGGGGCGGCAGCGGCGGUGUCCGCAGCCACCAGCUCUGGAGGGAUGUCGCCAGACAGCUCACUGGAACAUUCAGACUACAAAAGCAAGUUGAGCCAGAUUCGCAACAUCUAUCACACUGAGAUGGAGAAAUAUGACCAGGCCUGUAGUGAGUUCACUACCCACGUGAUGAACCUGCUGAGGGAGCAGUCGCGUACACGACCCGUGUCACCGCGGGAGAUCGAACGCAUGGUGGCCAUCAUCCACCGCAAGUUCAGCUCCAUCCAGACACAACUCAAGCAGAGCACCUGCGAGGCCGUCAUGAUCCUGAGGUCCCGAUUCCUCGACGCCAGGCGUAAGAGACGUAACUUCAGCAAGCAGGCGACGGAAGUCCUGAACGAGUAUUUCUACUCCCAUCUCGCCAACCCUUACCCCAGUGAAGAGGCCAAAGAAGAACUAGCCAAACAGUGUAGCAUCACUGUCUCUCAGGUGUGCAACUGGUUUGGCAACAAGAGAAUCCGCUACAAGAAGAACAUCGGGAAGUUCCAAGAGGAGGCCAACAUCUAUGCCAUGAAGACAGCCAUCGUGGCGACACAGAACGAGGACUCUCCACACACGCCCAACUCAACAGGAUCGGGGGGCUUCUCACUCACUGGACCAGACCUUUUCCUGGGUGUUCCACCAAUGAAUGGAGAGCAGCCUGUCUACAUGGGAGCACAAACUAAUGGGAACUGGCAAGGGCAAAACACACCCCCCUCUGCCACUUCCCCGGGAAAGGACCACUCGGGGGACUCUGACUGAUGGCCCCGCCCCCUUUGGGUCGAUGACAUAGAUGGAAAGAUUGACAACGGAAAAAGACUGAAAGAAUGAUAUCACUCUUACUUGGCUGCAGUUUUUGUAUGUCUUUUCAGUUUCUUACUGUCCAAUGAUACUGUUCAUUAUGUUUGUAUGAGCUGAGUAUGUGUGUGUGAUGUUUUGUAUUGGGAUCAUGGGUUUUUGUUUUCCACUACUUUAUAUGUUACUGUGGUAUGUAGGCAGAGAGGCUUGGGAAAUUGCGUUACCAUUGUUUUAUUAGGCUAUAUUAUUAAUGCUGUUAUUACAAAUAUUUUAGGAUUUUCGUUUAAAGCUCAGAUAUAGUUGCAUUUAGAGGAUGUGGGGGCAAUAUAGAAAAUCCAAAGAUUUAGUGUGUUUGUUUUCUCUUUUCUACUGGGCUUGUUUGUCUGUGUGUCUAUAUCAUGAAUGAAGUGUGUGUGCUGGUUAUAUUAACGGUUUGAAUGAGUAUAUCAACAGUGCUGUCAUUCUGUACAGUGAGUGAAAAACACCUGUAUUCUCUCUACCUCUUUUACAAUAAAGUCUCUGUAUUCACA